GGACCACAGACUGAGAGCAGAGUCUCCAGGGUCCAGCUGUGUGUCUCUGAAGAGUGACAUGUCCAAAGGAUUUCCUCUAGACUUCAGUAAUGAACCUGGACCCUCACACACAGAGGAGAGGAAGAGGAGUCAUGUUUCUGAGAAGGAGCAGUCGUCCUGCUGUGCUUCGUGUCAGGACGUCCUGAAGGAUCUAGUCUCCACCAGCUGUGGACACUGGUUCUGCAGACAGUGCAUCACCUCAUGCUGGGACCAGUCUGGUUCUUCAGGAGAAUCCUCCUGUCCCCAGUGUGGACAAAGAUCCAAACCAGGAGCUGGAGCAGAUCGUGGUCUGCAGGAGGUUUCAGAUGAACAUAAGCUCAGUGUGAGGAGGAGAUGUGAAGAUGUGACUGAAGGAAGUGAUGAAACAGGAAGUAGAACCCUCCUCAACAGGAUCUACACUGAGCUCCACAUCACAGAGGGACAGAGUGAAGAGGUUAAUACUCAACAUGAGGUGAGGCAGCUUGAGACGGCUUCCAAGAAGAAGAUCCUCCAGGACACUCCCAUCAAGGUCCACGACAUCUUUAAAGCCUCCACUGACCAGCAGAGCAGCAUCAGAGUCGUCCUGACCAACGGCGUCGCUGGCGUUGGAAAAACCUUCUCGGUGCAGAAGUUCACUCUGGACUGGGCAGAGGGUUUAGAGAACCAGGAUGUGGGUCUGCUGGCUGUGCUUUCGUUCAGGGAGCUGAACCUGGUGAAGGACCAGCAGCACAGUCUUCUCACGCUGCUCCAUGUUUUCCAUCCAGCGUUACAGAAGCUCACAGCAGAGACGCUCGCUGUCUGUAAACCUUUGUUCAUCUUUGACGGCCUGGAUGAAAGCAGACCUUCUCUGGACUUCAACCACAGGGAGCUUGUGUCUGAGGUCACACAGAGGUCAUCAGUCAACGUGCUGCUGACAAACCUCAUCCGGGGGAAUCUGCUUCCCUCGGCUCUCGUCUGGAUAACCUCCAGACCUGCGGCGGCCAAUCAGAUCCCUCCUGCAUGUGUUGACAGAGUCACAGAAGUACGAGGCUUCACUGACGCCCAGAAGGAGGAGUACUUCAGGAGGAGAUUCAGUGAUGAAGAGCUGUGCAGCAGAAUCAUCUCACACAUCAAGACGUCCAGGAGCCUCCACAUCAUGUGUCAAAUCCCAGUCUUCUGCUGGAUCACUGCUACAGUUCUGGAGCACAUGUUGACCACAGACCAGAGAGGAGAGCUGCCCAAGACCCUGACUGACCUGUACUCACACUUCCUGCUGGUUCAGACAAAGAGGAAGAACAACAAGUACGGUGAGGGACAUGAGACGACUCCACAGCAGCUGACGGAGGCUGACAGGGACGUUCUCCUGAAGCUGGGGAGGCUGGCACUUAAACAUCUGAGGAAAGGGAACAUCAUGUUCUACCAAGAAGACCUGGAGCGGUGUGGUCUUAAUGUCACAGAGGCCUCGGUGUACUCAGGAGUUUGUACUGAGAUCUUCAGAAGAGAGUGUGUGAUCUUCCAGAAAUCAGUCUACUGCUUUGUUCAUCUGAGCGUUCAGGAGUUUCUGGCUGCAGUCUACAUGUUCCACUGUUACACCGAGAGGAACACAGGAGAACUCAACCACUUCUUGGGAACAAAUUGUUACACAGUCAAUACCUUGUCCCUGGAUGACCUCCUGAAGAGAACCAUGGAGAAAUCCCUCACCAGUACAAAUGGUCAUCUGGACCUGUUUGUUCGCUUCCUUCACGGCCUCAGUCUGAAGUCCAACCAGAGAGUCUUAGGAGGCCUGCUGGGUCGGACAGAGAACAAUCCAAAGAUCAUCCAGAGAGUCUUAGGAGGCCUGCUGGAUCGGAGAGGGAACAAUCCAAAGAUCAUCAAGAGAAUCAUCAACAACCUGAAGAAGAUGAAGAGUGAUGACAUUUCUCCUGACAGAAGCAUCAACAUCUUCCACUGUCUGACUGAGAUGAACGACCACUCAGUUCAUCAGCAGAUGAAACAGUUCCUGAUGUCAGAGAACAGAUCAGAGGAGGAACUCUCUGAGAUCCACUGCUCAGCUCUGGCCUACAUGCUGCAGAUGUCAGAGGAGGUUCUGGAUGAGUUGGACCUGAAGAAGUUCAACACAUCAGACCAGGGUCGACGGAGACUGAUCCCAGCUGUGAGGAACUGCAGGAAGGCUGAACUCGGUGGUUGUCGACUCUCAGAGACUCACUGUGAAGUCGUGGCCUCAGCUCUGAAGUCAGACCCCUCACAUCUGAGAGAACUGGAUCUGAGUCACAACGGGCUGCAGGACUCAGAAGUGAAGCUGCUGUGUUCUGGACUGGAGAGUCCAAACUGUGGACUGGAGACUCUGAGGUUGAUGUACUGCAGUCUGUCAGAGAUCAGCUGUUCUUCUCUGGCUUCAGCUCUGAGGUCAAACCCCUCUCAUCUGAGAGAACUGGAUCUGAGUCACAACUACCUGCAGGACUCAGCAGUGAAGGAGCUGUGUGGUUUUCUACAGAGUCACACCUGUCGACUGGAGACUCUGAGGUUGGAGGGCUGCAGACUGUCAGAGAUCAGCUGUUCUUCUCUGGCUUCAGCUCUCAGGUCAAACCCCUCUCAUCUGAGAGAACUGGAUCUGAGCCUCAACAACCUGCAGGACUCAGGAGUGAAGGAGCUGUGUGGUUUUCUACAGAGUCCAACCUGUCGACUGGAGAAACUGUGGUUGUGGAGCUGCAGUCUGUCAGAGAUCAGCUGUUCUUCUCUGGCUUUAGCUCUGAGGUCAAACCCCUCUCAUCUGAGAGGACUGGAUCUGAGUCAAAACUACCUGCAGGACUCAGCAGUGAAGGAGCUGUGUGGUUUUCUACAGAGUCCAACCUGUCGACUGGAGACUCUGGGGUUGUGGAGCUGCAGUCUGUCAGAGAUCAGCUGUUCUUCUCUGGCUUCAGCUCUGAGGUCAAACCCCUCUCAUCUGAGACUACUGAAUCUGAGUGGAAACAGGCUGAAGGACUCAGCAGUGAAGGAGCUGUGUGGUUUUCUACAGAGUCCAACCUGUCGACUGGAGACUCUGUGGUUGGAUCACUGCAGUCUGUCAGAGAUCAGCUGUUCUUCUCUGGCUUCAGCUCUGAGGUCAAACCCCUCUCAUCUGAGAGAACUGGAUCUGAGUCACAACAACCUGCAGGACUCAGCAGUGAAGGAGCUGUGUGGUUUUCUACAGAGUCCAACCUGUCGACUGAAGACUCUGAGGUUGUGGAGGUGCAGUCUGUCAGAGAUCAGCUGUUCUUCUCUGGCUUCAGCUCUGAGGUCAAACCCCUCUCAUCUGAGAGAACUGGAUCUGAGUAAAAACAACCUGCAGGACUCAGGAGUGAAGGAGCUGUGUGGUUUUCUACAGAGUCCAACCUGUCGACUGGAGACUCUGAGGUUGGAGAACUGCAGUCUGUCAGAGAUCAGCUGUUCUUCUCUGGCUUCAGCUCUGAGGUCAAACCCCUCUCAUCUGAGAGAACUGGAUCUGAGUGACAACAAGCUGCAGGACUCAGCAGUGAAGGAGCUGUGUGGUUUUCUACAGAGUCCAACCUGUCGACUGAAGACUCUGAGGUUGUGGAGGUGCAGUCUGUCAGACAUCAGCUGUUCUUCUCUGGCUUCAGCUCUGAGGUCAAACCCCUCUCAUCUGAGAGAACUGGAUCUGAGACACAACAGGCUUCAGGACUCAGGAGUGAAGGAGCUGUGUGGUUUUCUACAGAGUCCAACCUGUCGACUGGAGAAACUGAGGUUGAAGAGCUGCAGUCUGUCAGAGAUCAGCUGUUCUUCUCUGGCUUCAGCUCUGAGGUCAAACCCCUCUCAUCUGAGAGAACUGGAUCUGAGUGACAACUACCUGCAGGACUCAGGAGUGAAGGAGCUGUGUGGUUUUCUACAGAGUCCAACCUGUCGACUGAAGAUUCUGAGGUUGAGGCUCUGCAGUCUGUCAGAGAUCAGCUGUUCUUCUCUGGCUUCAGCUCUGAGGUCAAACCCCUCUCAUCUGAGAGAACUGGAUCUGAGCUGGAACAGGCUGCAGGACUCAGGAGUGAAGGAGCUGCUUGAUCUACAGCAGAGUUCAACCUGUCGACUGGAGACUGUGAGGUGGUUGUCUUAGUGGAGGACAGUGUGAAGAGGACAGUGUGAAGAGGACAGUGUGUGUGGACGGAGGCUGAGCUGUGUCCUGAGGAUCCAGAGGCUGAAGCAGCAGCAGCUUGUGUGUAGUCUCCAAUCUACACAACCCCUAAUCUGCAUGUGUUUGUGAGAUGAAGCCGGAGCACCUGGAGAAAACACGGGGACAACAUGCAGACUCCACACAGGAAGACCCCAUCUGAACCGGAUUCAAACCAGCAACCUCAUUGCCCCGAUUGUGUUUAUUCACAUGAAGUUUGUGUUUAUUGAAAUGACACAACACAAGCAGAAUAUAUAAACCCUCUAUAAAGAGUCACAUACAGUGUGUUUAAGUUUGUCUUUAUUAUUGUCCACCUUUGUCCCUCAGUGUGUCUCCAUGUGUGUAGAACCACAUUCUGUGUAUAUGUUUGUUUAUGAUCUUAAAGUUCCUGGAUUCACGUCACAAAUUGAUUUAUUUCAACACAAAGUUAAACACCUUGAAAUCACGUUGAGUUUAAAAUCAGAGUUUUGUCUUUGACACAAAAGAUCAAAACUCUGGACUUAAAAAUUGGACGUUUUCAUUUCUGCAUCAGCUGCAGAGCGGUGGUGGCUUUUCUACUUUUGACCCACAGGUGGCGCUGCAGUAUAACAGCAGCACAUCCCAGUCAAAGCCUUUAUAGUCAGUCUAUGAGUCAAACACAUGGAUCAUUUCCUCUGUGACAAAUGUUGAGAUAUCUAUGUUUCUCUGUAUCUUGUGAUUAUAUUUUACCUAUAUCCUGUGAACAAAUAUUAGCUGUAUAAUCCAUAUAAUCAAUAAUGCUACAACAGUUACUUUUAGUUAGAAUGAUGUAUAAUCUUUUUGACUCAGACGCAGGGUCAGGCCCAGAGCACGACCACAGAAAGAGCAGGUGUCAACCUGAAUGUCAAUCUGACCCAAAAUACAAUUCGGAGAAAAGUGUGUGAUGGAAAUUCAUCUUGAGAUUUGAAAUAAUGAAAGCACGGAUGCUCAGAAAAGAGAGAGGACGUGCCAGAACUAAUACAAUAAGGUGCUUCAUGAAAUAUGGUGAGAAAAAGAUAUGAAAUCCUCCGGAAAAGUAUUAUCUGCUGGGUCUCUCCACUGUGGCAGGCUCCCUGUUUGCCAAGGCCACAGUGGUGGGACACCUGGUCAGUUGAAAGUGAUGUGCUUGCAAAAAACUGCACUUUGAGGAAACAGUAUACAUCUGGCCAAUAACUGGCCAGAUGAAUUCCCUCAAAGAAAAAGAACCGCCUCUGUGCCCACCCUGUGUCUGAUUAUAUAUACUGUGGACUUAGGAUUGAACGGGGCUUCUUCUCGA